UAGUAUACUAUUUGCAGCCGUAGACUAGAAACGUAGCUUGAACUUGUGCGAAAUUAAUUCAAAAACAAUAUGCCUGGCCUUGUUGCUUUUCGCAGGCGCUGGCUAAUCGCUUCAGAUGAUCUUGUUGUCCCCGGAGCAUUUCUAGUUACCAUUCAUCUUAUAUGUUUAGUUACUCUCACAGUUUCUAUAGCCAAAUUUGAAUAUGACAGAAAUAUUUUGGAUACUAAAUUACUUUUGUACCAUCAAAGAGUUUCUUUAGCUAUACUACUUGUUUCAUUAUGCAUCGAAAUGGCAAUCUGUGUUAUAUCAAUGAGGGGUACUAUAAUGGAAACAAAUGCUCGUGCUUCCAUCAAUUUUUGGAUAUAUUCAAAGACUGCGUUAAUGGUUUUCGAUAUUUCUUGGCUGGUGUUGGGUACUAUAUGGCUGUUUAAGUUUUAUACGGAAUCUUCGAUAGGCAAACCAAAACAGUUGUUUCUAUCCACCAUAAUCGCUGGUUGGUCUUUAGUAUUUCUACUCUUUAUCAUAGUUUCCAGAAGCCUUGAUACCGUGGGAAAAACUUGGGCAAAAUUGGAAAAAGAGAAGAAAUCUAUGGAUGUGAUUGAAUCACAUUGUGGAGGUAAUGGCUUUACCAUAGUGAAUGAUAAUUGGCGCCAAAGAAAGGUGAUGCGAGCAUAUGAGGAUCGUUGGGUCCAAUUUACGCGUUCACUGUUUCGGUUAGUUGGCUCCUCGGAACAGAAAAACAACUAUAUCAACGAUGUGGCAAGAAUGACAAGUGACUUGUAUUGUGGGAAUGAUAUUGUUCCGUCGGAUGUAAUUGCCGGCUUUUUAGUAUUGAGGAAAUUUCAACAGUUACAAAGGGAAGCUGCAGUGCGACAGAGAAAAAACGGAACAUUGGAAUUCUUAAGUGGUAUUCCCAUAACAGAACACACCCAGUUUAUGGAAAUCAAUGACGCAAACAAUAGUGACUUCUUUCAAGCAAUUUACCGUUAUAUGCAGUUUGCAGCUGCUGUAUAUGGCUGUCGAAUGUACUGCCAAGACAAUCCAUCCAAGAUAUGCUCUCUGGUUCCGGAUUUGAAAUGUUGUGGACGUUGCUCGGCGUCUGCCGUCCCAGAGGCAGAAGUUUUUGAAGACAAUUGCUGUUAUGGCAACUAUGCUGCCGUGAAGAAAACCUUGCCAAUCGAUGGCAUCGAAAUCGUUUAUGCAUCCUUUCAUGUGGAUGUGGGAGAAAUUCCAUUUUUUAUAGCCAUUGAUUAUACACGGAAAAAGAUUGUGAUUAGCAUACGGGGAACUUGGGAUUUGAGAGAUUUUCUCAUCAGCUUCAAUUUCUGGCCUGAGGUUAUACCACUAAAUCCGCCUCGCGAUGAUUGGCUGGGGGCGAAGGGUUUUGUUAAGGCUGCAGUUUAUAUCAAGAACCAAUUGGAAGAGAAGAGCCUGUUACAAAUGGCAUUUAACAAAAACACUGAAAGGAAUACCCAUACAUUUGAAUUGUUAGUUGUGGGACAUUCAAUGGGAGCCGGAGUGGCGACUAUAUUGGCGAUUCUUCUUAAACCCAGUUAUCCCUCACUACAGAGUAUUAACUACAGUUCACCUGGAUCUUUACUAAGCAUGGCGGCCAUGGAAUAUUCGAAGACAUUCAUUACCACAAUUUGUAUGGGCAAGGAUUUCUACAUUCAUCUGGGUGGACAAUAUCAAAUCAGCCUGCUAUGUGCUGAUGUGGAGAACGCGCUUCAACAUAGUAUCGAUCCAAAGUGGAAGACCAUUCUUUGUCCAAAUGCAAAAUCCUUCGCGGAAGUGUAUGGCAAUGAUAUAGAACUUAACAAAUACCAACAGGCACGCAUGAAGGCGCGUUCACGCAUCACAUAUCAACCAAUGUAUCCACCUGGACGUAUCCUACACAUUGUUCGUCAACAUUCAAAGGAUACUAAAAAAAGUCGUAAACCCGUCUUUCGUGCUAUAUGGACCAAUAAUACUGAUUAUGCUGAAACGCCGGUAUCACCUGUAUUAGUGCCGGAUCACAUGCCGAAAAAUUUGAUGUCAGCACUUAAGAAAAUUGCAUGCAAUGCAGAAAAAUGCAGGGUGGAGCCCAAGUCGGAUUCAUCUUGAUGAUUUCGUUCUUGGGCUGUGAUAGUAAGAUUAUUUCAUAAUGUUUUAUUAUUCACUACAAAAAAGUUUGUAGUAUUGGCAAUAAGACUUUUUGGUCAAAAGGUAAGAUAAUACAUUUGAACAUUUGAUGCCUUUCAAAAACCAAGUCUUAAUUGCAAUAAUUACAAUAAAAAAUACCACAACCUUUUGCACCAUUCUGCUAAAAAAAACUAUAAUAAAAAA